AUGAAGCUUCGGUUAUAUUGGUCGAACACGGUUUUAUGCAUGUUAAACGCCUCAAAGGUUCUGAAAUAUUGUAACUACCGCGUCUGGGGAAAGUAUAUUUUAGAAGGCAGAAGUGCCAGGCGAGCUUUAAGCCUAACUUGGAGACCAGAAAGAGCUGCACCAGCAGAAGCCGUACUAUCUAUUGUGAUCUUGGUUUGCCUUUUGGACCUAUGUGAGAUGAUAAAGGCAGGAAAGAGACAUCUUUUUAAGCGAAAAUGUAAUUGGAAGCAUGUAAAGUGGAGUAGAUCUGGCGUAAACAGCGGCAAAAUGGUCUUACCAUGGUAUGACGUAACACACAGACAAAUGCACUAA